AUGACUGAGAAGAUCAGCAGUCCCUCUGGUGAAAUAGUGGAGGGAAGUUCAGUGACUCUGACCUGCAGCAGUGAUGCCAACCCACCUGUGCAGAGCUACAACUGGUUCAAGGAGAAAACAUUAUUAGGAAAAGAAAGCACACACAUUAUUCCUAAUAUCAGCUCUGAGGACAGUGGAGAAUACAAGUGCAAGUCCAGUAACAAACAUGGAUCAAAAUACUCAUCUGUAAUACUGAAUGUUAUGUAUCCUCCAAAGAAUGUAUCAGUGUCCAUCAGUCCCUCUGGUGAAAUAGUGGAGGGCAGUUCAGUGACUCUGACCUGCAGCAGUGAUGCCAACCCACCUGUGCAGAGCUACACCUUGUUUAAAGAAGAAGGAACCUCACCUGUAGGAUCUGGACAGAAUUACAGCAUCAUCAACAUCAUGGCUGAACACACUGGACUGUACUACUGUGUAGCUCAGAAUGAACAUGGAGUUCUCAAUGUAUCUGUGACCAUCAGUGUUAAGAGAGGUCAGAGUUUGUCUGCUGUUUGGUCUAUAGUGGGAGGAGGAGCCUUUCUACUUCUCACUGUCUUCAUCUGCAUAUACAGAUCCAGACCUGUACAGGAUGUUGUUCAGUACUCUACACUCAGGGUUCAGUGUGAUAGUGUGACCAGCACUGACCAGCAGGGGGAGGCCCAGUAUGCCAUUGUUACAUUCCACCAUCAUACUGCUGCCACUGAGUGAGUUCUGUCACCAACUCAGAAAAUGGAGAAGGCCUCAGUGAUCUAUGGCACAGUAAGAACAGAUUACACCUACAGAGGAACAGAGAGAGAGGAUCGAUAUAAAUAUUAAUGUGCAUAAUUUUUUUUUUUUCAUUUUUUAAGUAUAUUUAUCCACAUAUUUUUAUUGGUCUUAAAGUCCAAGGAAACUCAAUAUUUUUAAUAUUUUCAAAGUUGCUCUUCUAGCCACAAACUGGACAUAUACUCAGUGUGUCCAAAGAAUACUGUUCCAAAAUUUACUAAUUUACCAAUUUUGUCAAAUUUCUCCUUUUCUGGUGUGAAAUUGGUGGUCGUAAUGUGGGUAUAGCUUACAUAAGUUUUAUCAGACACUGCAUACACUAAGUUUAAUUACAUGAGAGGGUAGUCCAUACUAAUCUAAAUUAUUUAUAGAGCGGUCCAUGUAAUAUUACUCUUAUGUUUUAUCCUGAAUCUCUUACUUCCAGUCAGUAAGCAUGAAUGAAACUUGCCCAAAAUUAAUUUAAGCCUUCAUUAUUGGGUC